AUGCCGCCGGGGCCGGAGUUCCCCAUCACGCCCCGGGGCGCCGGGCAGAGGCUCAGGAGUUCCGUGAGGUACUUUGGCAGCUUGAUCGUGAUCCCCACGGUGCGCGAGCACCAGUCCUCGGCCGACAGCGCGGAGAAUCUCAGCACCGCGGGGUCUCUGAUCCUGAACCGCACCAUUGGGUCUACCUUCAGCGUGGAGGAGAAGGUCUCAAGGUUGGACGAGGGCAACUGCUUGAUCUCCAAAAUCUACCGGGUGCCGGAGCACAUCUUGAAACGCGGCUUCAUCAGGCUGGAGACCCGCUACUCCCCCGACUCCCCGGGGGAGCUGCGGAGCUCCUUGAUCCUGGCGACGCUCCGCUUCUUCGACGUCCACUUCCACGUGCACCGCUCGGAGCUUGAGAGGGCGUCGAUCGUGGAAAUGCUCGACGCGUCGCCCACGGAUUUCACCAAGAAGAAAUGGAACGACAAGUCCCUCCUCCAGGCCUUCCAUGUGAGGAUGAACAUCGCAGAGCGGAUCUACUUUACGGUGGACGUGGGCGGCACCUCCAACCUCUUCUCGCGCUUCGUGAGCGGAGUGAUGGUGUUCGCCAUCGUUGUCAGCAUCGCUGUAUGGAUGGCCGGCACGGUGCCCAGCUGCACGGUGGUGCCCUGCGAGACCUGCGAGCCGGAGCCGCUGGAGUGGAUGCGGGUGGUGGAUGAAGUGUGCGUCAUCAUCUUCACCGUAGAGUUCCUCACCAGGAUGCUCACGGCCCCCUUCGCCCGCGCCAAGCUGUUGCAGCAGAGAUUUCUGUUGAACCUGCUCUUCGACUGCAAGGGGAGAUACCAGGAGGCGCAGGAGCUGCCGCAGCGCCAGCCCAGUGGCCACAUCCGCUUCACCUGGAUUUCCAACUGGUGGAGCUUCUGGAAGCAGCCGUCCUCCGUCGUGGACCUCUUCACCAUCCUGCCCUACUGGGUGGAGGUGUGGUUUGCCACCAGCGCGGACGGCAACUUCAUUUGGCUGAGACUCUUCCGGCUCUUGCGGGUGAGCCGCAUCUUUAAGCUGGUGCAGCUCCUGAACUCGGACCUGGGCCAGCUGAGUGACGCCCAGCACCUGCUGGCCAACGUCUUCAUGCAGGCCUCGCCCGCCUUUGCCAUCACCUUGGCGCUGCUGCUGUUCGCCCUCAUUGUCUUCAGCUCGCUGAUGUACGUUGUGGAGCGGGCGAGCUGGUAUCCCGCGCCCGUGGUUCUGCAGCUAGAGCAGCGGAACUUCCGGACCGUCAACUUCCAGGCGGUGGUUCACGAAGCUGAGAGAGCCGGGGGCGUCUUCCUGCGCUCGCUGCCGGACGGGUACUUGGAGCUGAGCCCCUUCACCAGCAUCGUGAGCUCCUGUUGGUGGACCUUGGCGACGAUCACGACAGUGGGCUAUGGCGACCAUGUGCCUGUGACCAUCGGCGGCAAGAUGGUCGGGGCUGUUGCCAUCCUCUACGGCACGGUGCUGCUUGGGCUGCCGAUCGGCAUCAUCGGCUCCCAGUUCAGCACGGAGUUCGCGCGCAUGGUGUCGGCCAACCGAACCCGUCAGGAGAGGAACCACCGGCGCCACGAGGACGCAGAAGAGGAGGAUGACUGCCGCCUCCCGCGGCUCCCGCCGCCGCGGAAGGAGACCACGCUGCCGUGGACAAGAGGAAGUCCAUCUCGCAGCACGUAG